AUGCAUUUAAUACCAGACGCUGGCGAAGUAAAGAAUAUUUUGCUUUCAUUUAUCACACUAGCUGGAGGAGAAAGGUCACAUCAUCCGUCUCAUAGCUAUGCAAAUCAACUUCAUCGGAGAAGAUGUCAAACUGCAAGCUGCAGACUUUACUCGAUAAAGUACGACGUAGUUGUGGAGCUACAAACCAAGUCCGGGCACGUUUAA